GGUAUCAUUUAAUCUUAUAGUGUAUCUAUAAUCUUAUAGUGUGUCUAUAUUUAGUUGCAUGCGACUAGAAAUUAUCCUCCCUUUCUGUUAUGCAGAACUAGUGAUUAAGCGAUAAUGAAAAUUGGCAGUCUCGGAUGUUCUCAUGCUGCUAGUACAUUGAAGCGAAGUCAGUGAUAUCAUCGGCUGACGCGUUCGUCAGAUGCUUUUUGUCCUCUUCCUUCGUGACUUACCGCUUCGAGAUUCACCUGCGAGUCGAGCAAGUCGCUGGUAAAGAAAGACCGGCGUCGGUUAGAUUUUCUUGCUUGGACCAUCGGCGUGUAUUAUUUUUUUUUUUUUUUGAGAAUUCAGCAGGCCGAGUUUCGUCGUUCCAAGAGUGUGUUUAGUGUGUCGAGCGAAAAAAACUGAAAAUAUUUGAAUAUUUUCUCACAGAGGGACUGCAUUCUGCAAACACCUACCGAUGUUUGUCGGUUUAAUAAGUGUCGUUGCACAGGUAGAAUCGUAAUAGCUGGCCGACGGUACACAUCGAGCCUACAGUUGUCGCACAAGGAAACACAAGCAGACAGCGUCUUACACAGACGCCAACUUACGUACAUAGUUAUGUGAAAACAAGAAUUACUUACUGGAUGUUGGCGAUUAAAACAAUUAUAAAGCGGCUCGGGGUUUGUGAAGUCUCAGUUCGCGAAGGUAUAAUAUAUGCGUAGAUCAGAUUUAUUGUUCAAACGUGAAGUAACGGUCGAGCAAAUCGGAUGGAAUAGUAGAGAAUUACAAAUAUAUCGAGAUAAGAAGGGACAAGUGAGAAGGAGUGCGAGUAUAGGAAAAAAAUGCGGUUGCUGUCGGUGAUGGUACCCUGGCUGCUCUGCCUGUCAACCUGUGACAGCUAUCGUUUCCUCGGUGUAUUCCCUUUUCACGGCAAGAGCCACUUUGUUAUGUUCGAGGCCCUGCUGAAGGGCCUGGCCAGGAAGGGUCACCAGGUGGACGUAAUCAGUACGUUCCCCCUGAAGAAGCCCUAUCCGAACUACAACGACAUCGUAAAGCUGCAGGCGCCCAUGCAGUUGAUGAACAAUCUAACGUACGAAAUGAUGAAUAAACUGAUCACAUCUGACGUAGUAAAUGCAGUCGCGACGAUGGGCGGCAAUAAUCUCUGCGAGUAUUUAGGCAAGCCAGAGAUACUCGAGCUGGUGCGAAACCCUCCGAAGGAUCCUCCUUACGACGCGGUGCUCUUGGAGGUGUUCGGGGCUCAUUGCUUUGCAAUCAUUGGCCACUUGUGGAAUGUACCUAUCAUCGGGGUCAGCACGACCUCGCUGUACCCGUGGCUGCACUGGUUUGUCGCGCAGCCCGAGAAUAUCGCUUUCGUACCGAACAACUGCAUCGGCUACGUCGGUUACAUGAACUUCUGGCAGCGUGUACACAACGUGCUGCACACCUCUUACGCCAAGUGGUCCUUCUUCUCGAAAACGAGCGUGCAGGACGACAUAAUAAAGAAGUACUUCGGUCCGGGUAUGCCGAGCGUUAGGGAACUGGAGAAGAAAGUGUCGAUCAUCCUCAUGAACUCUCAUAUCUCUUUGAACGGUGUCAAGCCGACGACACCUGCUGUGGUGGACGUCGGAGGCCUACACAUUUACGACGAGGGCUCGACGCUACGACCUGAAUUGGAGAAAUGGAUGAACGACAGCAAACACGGUUUCAUUUACUUUACAUUCGGCUCGAUGGUAAUGAUCGAAACAUUCCCAGACCAGUUCCUGAAAGUACUUUAUACGAGCUUGGGCAAAAUAGCACCAGUGCGGGUCUUAAUGAAGGUACCGAGGCCGGAGAAACUGCCAUCGAAUUUACCCACGAACAUUCAAACGUUUCGCUGGUUAUCGCAGCUCAAAGUAUUGAAGCACCCGAACAUCAAAGUCUUCAUCACUCACGGCGGCCUCAUGGGGACACAGGAAGCGAUAGCAUGCGGCGUGCCCAUGAUCGGAAUACCUUUGUUCGCCGAUCAGUUCGCGAACAUCGAUUCGUACGUUGCACACAACAUCGCCGUGAGGGUGAACAUCAAAGGGAUAACGGAGGAAAUCUUGGAUAAGGCCUUGAACGCAGUUUUAUGGGAUCCCUUGUACAGGGAAAGCGCGCGGAACUUGUCCCGUCGAUUCCUCGACAGGCCGAUGAACGGUCUCGACACCGCUAUUUUUUGGAUCGAGUACGUCCUCAAGUACGGCAGCGACGUGUUGCGAUCGCCCGCGUUAAUCUUGCCCUGGUGGCAAUUAUAUCUCCUCGACGUGAUCGGUCUUUUUGUGAUAUGCGCGAUAGUCGUAAUCAUCGUCGUUAAGUUCGUCGUGUGUUUCGUCUUGGAAAUGAUCAACGGAGGACUUGUCAGUUCAUCACAAUCCAAGAAGAUCGACUGACCGAGUCAGCUGGCAACGCACUUUUUAGAACAAUUGAUCCAAGGU